GAAAAAUCCACGUUGUUGACCGAAGUGUUUCUAAUCAUCGGUGUAUUUUUCGCGUGUAUAGUUAUUUAUAAAAUAAAGUAAGAAAAUGGUUAAUUCUUCAUCUAUGCAGCAAAUUGGACUCCAACUUGCAGAUCAAAAUCGACCACUAACAGACAGAUUCCGUGCCCUUUUUACACUAAGAAAUCUUGGUGGACAUGAAGCCAUUGAUUGCAUUUCAAAGUGCUUUGAUGAUCCAUCAGCAUUACUUAAACAUGAAUUGGCUUAUUGUCUGGGACAAAUGCAGGAUGAAUAUGCUAUUCCAGGAUUGAUUAGAGUCCUUCAAGAUAAAACACAAGAGCCAAUGGUUCGACAUGAGGCUGGUGAGGCACUUGGUGCUAUUGGAUCAGCUGAAGUUCUUGAUGUCUUGAGAGAGUUUGCCAAUGACCCACAGAUAGAGGUAGCAGAAACCUGUCAACUUGCUGUUCAGAGAUUAGAAUGGCUGAAAGAAAAAAGCUCUAAAGAAAAUAGUCAGCUAAGUUCAAACCCUUAUAAAUCAGUUGAUCCUGCUCCUCCGUCCCUGACACAGGAUACUGACACUUUACAGAACACAUUACUUGACGAAUCGCGUGAAUUGUUUGACAGAUACAGAGCAAUGUUUUCAUUGCGCAACAAGGGAGAUACUGAGUCAGUGCAGGCCUUGGCUAAAGGUCUUAAGUGCAGCAGUGCUUUAUUCAGACAUGAAAUUGCAUAUGUCCUUGGUCAGAUGCAACAUGAGGCAGCGAUUCCACAACUUAUAGAGAAUCUUGAAGAUUUAAAUGAAAAUCCAAUGGUGAGGCAUGAAUGCGCUGAGGCACUUGGCUCAAUAGCUAAGGAUCAAUGUUUAGCAGCCUUGGAAAAGUACUCAAGGGAUCAAGAAAGAGUUGUGAAGGAAAGUUGUGUUGUGGCAUUAGACAUGUAUGGUCAUGAGCACAGCAGUGAGUUUCAGUAUGCUGAUUCCCUCGUCAAAAUCAGUCAAUAGUAAAAACUAUGGACACAAAAAAGUUGCCACUAAUAAAAGCUGUACAUCGUCACGGUCAAAUGAACUUGCAGCCAGGAACUUCAGACAAGCUUCCUGUCCACCACACUGACACAGUGCUGUUAACCAAGCUAUGAGAUGAGUUAGAAACAAAGAGAGGAAUAUUCUCUCUGACCAUUUGACCCGAGUUACUAGCAUCUAAAUUUCUCCAUACAAUAUCACCCCCUAAUCACAUAUUAAGUUGAUAAAAGGCUGAUAGUUUCGAAAGAAACUGUUUGGGGCUGCGUUGGUGGGAGUAAUGAAAUAAUUUGGAUAUAUCAACA